AUGAUUUCGACUGCAGACAGCUCAAACGUGCAUUUUUUACCACCCAAAAGGAUUGCUUGUGGGCAUCAGUUUUCUAGUGCUAUUAAUGAUGCUGGAGAAAUUUUUGUGUGAGGCUGCAAUAAAAACGGAAAACUUGCAUUAGAUUCUGGCCCAGAGCCAAUAUGAAGACCAAAAAAGAUUGAUAUAGCAAGCAUAGGAGGCUCUGCUAACCAAAUUGACUGUGGCGCUGAGUUUACAAUGGUGAUUUCUCUGCUUCCUGAAGAUAAAAAUGAAGCAGGCAAGCUUAUAGGAUGAGGCGUAAACAAUAUGGGCCAAGUCGGCAUUGGAAAUGAUGACAUAGACGAGCUUCCUAACGAAGUUAGAGAGCCAACCCUUAUAAGACUCCCUGAAAAAGCUUGCAGGGUCAGCUGCGGCCGUGAUUUUGCAGCCUGUAUCACAGAAAGUGGCAGACUUUACUCCUGAGGAAACGGGACAUAUGGAAACUUAGGCCACGGCAGCACCGAUUCUUAUAGUAAACCUACCAUUGUCCAAGCUUUAAGUGACACUAUUAUUAUUGGUGUUUCCUGUGGCGCUAAACAUGUAUUAAUUACUACAAAAGAUUUUAAAGUAUACAGCUGAGGGAAUGGAGGACAUGGCCGUUUAGGCCAUGGAGACACUAUAGGGACGGCUACUCCUAAACCUAUAGAAUAUUUAUUUAGAGAAAAUAUUAUGUAUGUGUCAGCAGGAGACAGCCACUCAGCAGCGGUUUCCAAUCUGGGAGAAGUUUAUAGCUGAGGAGCUGGGUCAUAUGGAAGACUAGGCCAUGGCUCAGAAAUUGACGUCCAGAUCCCCAGCAUUGUGACUGCACUACAAGGUAAAAGAAUGUAUAUGGUCGCUUGUGGCUUCAGACACAGCCUUUCUAUUUCAGUCCAAGGAGAAGUCUUUGCAUGGGGUGCCGGAAAUUAUGGAGUUACUGGGCUUUUUGACUUAAAAGAAAUCAGGACUAUGCUGAUACCGCUGCAGAUAAGGUUUUUAGAAGGCAAAAAAAUCACACAGGUCGCGGUUGGGCCGUGGCAUUCUAUGGCAAUUUCAUCAGCUGGAGAAGUGUUUACGUGAGGAUAUCAUGGGCAUGGAAGACUUGGCCAUGGCACAGAUGCCAGGGACGACCAGGCAUUCCCAAAAGCGAUUCCUCCACAGUUUAUAUAUGGGGUGACUGGGGGUGUUAGGAUUAUAGAAAGAAUAGCCCAGAUCACAGGGUCCAAAAAAUUAAUGAUUAGGAAUACACCUGCAAGGGAUGCUUGAAAAAUGAUACAAGUGGCCUGUGGAGGGCAGCACUCAUUGGCUGUUACUAAAAGUGGCACUGUCUGGGCAUGAGGGGAGAAUAGAAAUGGAGCACUUGGGGUAGGAAAAAAUGAAGAAGACCAGCUGGUCCCUGUGAUAUGUCAGAAUUUGAAUAAUUAUAUUAUAUACUUUAUAAUAGGCUUAUAAAUUUAUUAAUUAGAAAAUUUUAGAAAAUAUUUAUAGAAAAUUGCAUAAAAUCCGUAGCUUGUGGCUCACAGCAUAGCUUAGCAAUAUCGACCAGAGGAGAAGUCCUUACGUGAGGAAAUGGAAGAUUUGGGCAGCUUGGAAAUGGGUUUGCUGGGAUCUGUUUUAUACCGAAAAUAGUAGAAAUGCUACAAGGAAAAGGAAUUAUACAAGGAGCCUGUGGAGAAGACUAUAGUGCUGUGCUUUCAGAAAUAGGAGAAGUCUAUACCUUUGGGAAUUCUGAUUCAGGGAAGCUAGGCCUUGGUAGGGUCCCUCAUCAAGUUUUCCCAAAAUUAAUUAGGGAUUUAUUGAAUAUUUCUUAUAUAUCAGCAGGACAAAGCCAUAUGGCAGUUAUUGGGCAUAAUGGAGCAGUUUAUACCUGAGGGUCAGGAUUUUAUGGGAAACUUGGCAAUGGGAGCAGCGAAAACCUUUUUUCACCUAAACAAAUCCAUGGGAAAGGUGAGCGAAUUUAUAUAGAAUUAUAAAGAAUAGCUAUUUUUACUAUAAAAAAUAAACAGAUUUCAUAAUAAGGCAUAUAAAAUGGUCUCCUGUGGAGCAUCACAUACCUUAUUUUUAGAUGAAAAACUAGUCCUAUAUGGCGCAGGACGAAAAGAAAUGGUCCUUUCCAGGGUCGAUUUGACUGAGCCAAAACUGAUAGGAAAUUUGCACGAUAAAACUUUUCGGCUUAUUUGUGCAGCAGAAGAGCACUCAUUAGCCAUCACAGAACAAGGCGAUACCUUUAUAUGAGGCUUCAAUAAAUACGGAAAACUCGGUAAUAAAGCUGAAAACGAGCCUUUGCCACAGCCAUUCAAGCUCCCUCUCCCUUCUAACAUAUGUGACAUUUCUGCAAAAAUAAACCACAACUUAGUACUAACCACAAAUGGUGACAUCUACGCCUGGGGCUGCGGAAGCGGCGGCAGACUUGGCUUUGGCAACACCAAUAACAUAAAAACCCCUGAAAUUUUAGAAACAAGGUGAAACGCCAUACAAGAGUCAGCAAAUUUUGAUGAUGAACAAGACGAACUAAAUGCUUUAGACCUCGUUCUGUCACAGCUAGACACUGGGGUAAGGAUUUCUAGCUUCAAAGAAAUGAUGCUGGUGCUGCAAAAUGAAGAAGAAGACUGUUUAGAGUCUGAGCUCAGACGAGAAGAAGCCGAAGUCCAUAGAAAUUUGGCAGAAAUCGUCAAAACUUUUAAAACUAGUAAGGAAUCUGAGGAGAGGAUUCAUGACUUAAAAAUCCAAAUUGAAGGGAAAAUCCUACAGAGGACUUAUGAGCUGAAGCUGCCACAGAGGGAUUAUUUAAUUGUACACAUCCCGAAGUACUUGGCGAGUAAUUUGGGGAGGAUUGAAAAUAUGAUAUGGAUCCUUCAGCAGCAGCCUUGUUAUUGUGGAUUAUAAUAAAUAUAGUUUAUUGGUAAGAAUUUGGGCUAUUUUUGGGAAAAAAUAAUAGAAAAAAGCAUAUAUUUCAAGACUGGUCAAUAUUAUGAGGCAGCGUGGCAGCCGUGACAUAUCAACCCUCAUUACAAGUAUCAGGCCUAUAUAUUCCAAUAUCCACCUAGAUGCUAUGAUGGGGAAGCUUAUUUCUAGGGACUCUUUACUGUAUAUUUCUCUAUGCAAAGAAGUCAUUGCAGGAGAAAUCGAAAAUGCCAAUAUGAUUGACGAUUUAUUUGUGGUCCCUGGAUGUCCGACAGCCCAAUUUUUAUUGAGUUUUUUUAGCAGGGAUUAUGGGAGUGACUUAUUUUAUAAAAUUUUGCAUAGGCCUACUAAUGAGCUUUUAGACAUGGUAAAAGCGAUUGGGAAUAAUGGGAUAGUUAUUGAUCCUAUAGAAGUUUCUAGGCUUACCCAAAGGCAAGGAAGCGGCCAAACUGCUAAUUCUGUAAUAAAAGAAAAAAAAGCACAGUCUGCUUUUAAUGAUGGUAUUACCUAUGCUAUCCGAGCUGCAGGGUAUUUUAUUGACACGAUAAAAGCUUUCCCCAGCAUCCUCCCAACGCCUAUAAAAAUCCUUAUGAAGCACACUUUUUCCAAAAUGGCAAAUAAAGCAUGGCUUCGUGAAGUAGGCCAUGAGCACGCCCGUUUAAAGUUCCAAAAAGCGCUUUUGAGGCUUAUGAUAACCCAAUUGCUCCUCCCAGUAAUCAUGACCCCCGAAACUGAAGGUUUAACGACCCAGACUAUAGAAGAAGGUGAAAGAGACACAAUGUCAAUAAUCACAGACAUUAUCAGAAAAAUAGUAGACAAGACCUGUUUUAUAGGUGACCAUUAUUCGACCUUAAAUUCUUUUAUUUUGACUUCCCAUGAGCAGCUUAUUUCUACACUGGAAACCUGUAUAGAAGUUGAAGACUCUUCUGAGGUCGAUCUUAUUAUAUACCUUUUUAUAUCAAAAUAAUGCAUGCUUAUUAUUAAUUUAUAUAUAUAAAAUAGCCUAGGAAAUGGGUAUAUCGAGCUUUACCACCCAUUUUUCAGUUAUAGACUCCUUUAUCCAUUACCCUGUCAACGACAUCAUUACUUUAUCAAUCUACCUUAUUAAAUAUAGAAAGCAAGUUGAGCUAUUUCCAGGCAGAGAUUUACUAUAUGACCAUUUAGACCAUAUGAGUGACAUAGGCUCAGAAGUCGCCAAAUCAGCUGAUAAUUUUAAAAUAAAUCUACAAAUGAAUAACCAUUUUUUGUAUGACUAUGACGAAGUUUCUGUAUGUGCUGGCUGUGGUGUGCCAAUGCCGAAAAGUCUAGCAAUAACUACAAGGACUCAUAGCACACUUAUAAAGCACUUACAUGUCAGAGAAGAAGACGAAUUUUUGGUUUCUAUAGAAAAUGCCUCAAGGCAGAUCCCAAAAUUUUCAGCGAUUACGCUUGAAGAAUUGUCGACGAAAUUUAGAAAAACGAUAGAGUCUAUAUUGAGCACGCCAAAUCCGAAUUAUAAAAUAUUAUUUGAGCUGAGAGCAGCUGAUGAAAAAGUCCAGGACUUGAUGAGCAGGGAUUUUUCGAUGGAUUAUUUGCUAUUUGAGCUGUCAAAAAGACUGAAGGAUAGACAUAGCUAUAAACAGUAUUUAAGGAGGCUACAAGAAGGGAUACACCAUAUUACUGCAGCUCAAGAAGAAUAUUUCCAUAAUCUAAGAGAAAAAGAAAAAGAUUUAACAGCAGCUCUCGAUACCAUUGCAAAUUUCAGGACUUCUUUACACCCAAAUGAAAAAGAAAUGAAAAAUAUGUCAUAUUUUAAGCUGUCACAAACCCACAAUUUAGUAAUGAAAAAAAGAAAAAUUCUUGAUUUGCCUGCUGAUGUCCAGCAUGAUGUCGCUGGAAACGUCUCUAUUGUAACACUAGAAAACAACGGGGUCAUUGAAAGGCUGGAAUAUGGCUUCCGAAAAGACACAAAAAAUUCUCUAGAACUCCAUUAUAGCCACCAUAAGAAAAAAGGCUGACAUUUUGAGAUAUCCCAUUCUACAACGACUUAUUGUAGUUAUUUUUAUAUAGUAAAUAUAAGUUUUUUAUUAUAAAAAUAGAAUAAUUUUUAACCAAGGGGAAAGCUCAGACAUGAUUGGACAAUUUAACUUGUCAAAUGAAGAAUUUUUGAACUUAAAAAGAUCAGCCAACAGUGAAGCUAAACUAGAUAUCCCAAAUAUCGGGACUUUUAGGCUUGGGCCAUUCAUCAUUUUUCUGAAUUCAAGGGUAAGAAAACAGGUGGUGUAA